UCUUUAGUUGUGAAAUAAUAAAACAUGUGAAUCUGGGAAGUUCCCAGUUGUUGAAAGAGGAGCAGCAGCUUUUAUAAAGCCAGAGCAAAGAAGUUCUUCAUCAGGAUCCAACAUUCAGAUUUGAAGAUGAGGAGCGCCGUUGUCUUGCUGGCCGUGUUGUGUGUGUGUGUGUGUGACGGCGUAAAGUUUGGUCAACUCUGCAGUGGAAACACUGCCAACACAAGGAGGACAUCAGACAGCUGGGGACGGGGACACUAUGGAGCAAGAAGAGGGACCAGGGAACACAAAGGUCUGGACAUUGUGUGCAACGACGGCUCGACUGUCUACGCUCCGUUUGACGUGACUCUCCAAGGACGAGUCACCGUCUACACCGACGCCAACAAGGCGGCCAUCAACAGCGGCGUUAACCUGCGUGGAGAAGGUCUGUGCUUCAAGCUGUUUUACGUCCAGCCGGACCGAGUCUCUGGGUCCGUGAGGAAGGGCCAGCGGAUCGGCGUCAUGAUGCCGAUGCAGACCGUCUACAGAGGAAUCACCUCACACGUCCACGUCCAGAUGUGCGACAAGAGCGACCCCACGCCCUACUUCUGACCCGCGCUCCAACCACCGCCUCUCAUUGGCUGUCGGUCUGAUAUCACUCAUGUAAUAAACCAAUGAAAUUCAAA